ACUGACAUUUUCAACAUGUCCCUGACUGAGUCUGUAAUACCUACAUGUUUCAAGCAGACCACCCUGUGCCCAAGAACACUAAGGUAACCUGCCUAAAUGACUACCGACCUGUAGCACUCACGUCUGUAGCCAUGAAGUGCUUUGAAAGGCUGGUCAUGAAUCACAUCAACACCAUUAUCUGAGAAAACCUAGACCCACUCCAAUUUGCAUAUUGCCCCAACAGAUCCACAGAUGAUGCAAUCUCUAUUGCGCUCCACACUGCCCUUUCACACCUGGACAAAAGGAACACCUAUGUGAGAAUGCUAUUCAUUGACUACAGCUCAGCUUUCAACACCAUAGUGCCCUCAAAGCUCAUCACUAAGAUAAGGACCUUGGGACUAAACACCUCCCUCUGCAACUGGAUCCUGGACUUCCUGACGGGCCGCCCCCAGGUGGUAAGGGUAGGUAACAACACAUCUGCCACGCUGAUCCUCAACACGUGGGCCCCUCAGGGGUACUCCCUGUUCACUCAUGACUGCAUGGCCAGGCACGACUCCAACACCAUCAUUAAGUUUGCCGAUGACACAACAGUGGUAGGGCUGAUCACCGACAACGACGAGACAGCCUAUAGGGAGGAGGUCAGAGACCUGGCCGUGUGGUGUCCACAUCACCAACAAACUAACAUGGUCCAAGCACACCAAGACAGUCGUGAAGAGGGCACGACAAAACCUAUUCCCCCUCAGGAGACUGAAAAGAUUUGACAUGGGUCCUCAGAUCCACAAAAGGUUCUACAGCUGCACCAUCGAGAGCAUCCUGACUGGUUGCAUAACUGCCUGGUAUGGCAACUGCUCGGCCUCCGACCGCAAGGCACUACAGAGGGUAGUGCGUACGGCCCAGUACAUCACUGGAGCCAAGCUUCCUGCCAUCCAGGACCUCUAUACAGGAAGGCCCUAAAAAUUGUCAAAGACUCCAGCCACUCUAGUCAUAGACUGUUCUCUCUGCUACUGCACGGCAAGCGGUACCGGAGCCCCAAGUCUAGGUCCAAGAGGCUUCUAAACAGCUUCUACCCCCAAGCCAUAAGACUCCUGAACAGCUAAUCAUGGCUACCCGGACUAUUUGCACUGCCCCCCCACCCCAUCCCCCUCUUUUGCGCUGCUACUCUCUGUUUAUUAUCUAUGCAUAGUCACUUUAACUCUACCCACAUGUACAUAUUACCUCAAUUACCUCGACUAACUGGUGCCCCGGCACUUUGACUCGGUACCGGUACCCCCUGUAUAUAGCCUCGCUAUUGUUAUUUUUACUGCUGCUCUUUAAUUAUUUGUUACUUUUAUUUAGUAUAAUUUUAUAUAGUAUUUUUUUUUUUUCUAUCUUUUUACAAUUAUUAUUUUUUUAUUUUUUUGGGGGGGGUAUUCUUUCUUAAAACUGCAUUGUUGGUUAAGGGCUUGUAAGUAAGCAUUUCACUGUAAGGUCUACACCUGUUGUAUUCGGCGCAUGUGACAAAUACCAUUUUAUUUUAUUUUAUUUGAAUGAGUACGUGUGUCCAAACUUUUGACUGGUACUGUAUAUGGUUUUCAUUACACUCUGCUAUCCUCUGGGAAUACAAUGGUUAUCUUGCUGUAUAUGUCUUUACCCAAAUAAAUUCAAUUAAAUUCAAGUACAGCAAUGAAGUUAAAAAGACAGCACAAACAGAUCUGGAGGUUAGUCCAGGAGGUUAGUCCAGGAGGCUAGUUCAGGAGGUUAGUCCAGGAGGCUAGUUCAGGAGGUUAGUCCAGGAGGCUAGUUCAGGAGGUUAGUCCAGGAGGCUAGUUCAGGAGGUUAGUCCAGGAGGCUAGUUCAGGAGGUUAGUCCAGGAGGCUAGUCCAGGAGGCUAGUUCAGGAGGUUAGUCCAGGAGGCUAGUUCAGGAGGUUAGUCCAGGAGGCUAGUUCAGGAGGUUAGUCCAGGAGGCUAGUUCAGGAGGUUAGAUCAAGAGGCUAGUCCAGGAGGCUAGUCCAGGAGGCUAGUUCAGGAGGUUAGUCCAGGAGGCUAGUCCAGGAGGCUAGUUCAGGAGGUUAGUCCAGGAGGUUAGUCCAGGAGGUUAGUCCAGGAGGCUAGUCCAGGAGGCUAGUUCAGGAGGUUAGUCCAGGAGGCUAGUUCAGGAGGCUAGUUCAGGAGGUUAGUCCAGGAGGCUAGUUCAGGAGGUUAGUCCAGGAGGCUAGUUCAGGAGGUUAGUCCAGGAGGCUAGUUCAGGAGGUUAGUCCAGGAGGUUAGUCCAGGAGGCUAGACCAGUAGGUUAUUCCAUGAGGUUAGUCCAGGAGGCUAGUCCUGGAGGUUAGUCCAGGAGGUUAUUCCAGGAGGCUUUUCAGGAGAUUAGUCCAGGAGGAUAGUUCAGGAGGUUAGUCCAGGAGGCUAGUUCAGGAGGUUAGUCCAGGAGGCUAGUCAAGGAGGCUAGUCCAGGAGGUUAGUCCAGGAGGCUUGUCCAAUCGGUUAUUCCAGGAGGCUAGUCCAGGAGGCUAGUCCAGGAGGCUAGUCCAGGAGGCUUGUCCAGGAUAUUAGUCCAGGAUGUUAGUCCAGGAGGCUAGUCCAGGAGGCUAGUCCAGGAGGAAAGUCCAGGAAGCUAGUCCAGGAGGCUGGUCCAGGAGGCUAGUCCAGGAGGCUAGUCCAGGAGGCUAGUCCAGGAUGUUAGUUCAGGAGGAUAGUCCAGGAGGCUAGUCCAGGAGGUUAGUCCAGGAGGCUAGUCCAGGAGGCUAGUCCAGGGGGCUAGUCCAGGAGGUUAGUCCAGGAGGAUAGUCCAGGAGGAUAGUCCAGGAGGCUAGUUCAGGAGGUUAGUCCAGGAGGCUAGUCCAGGAGCCUAGUCCAGGAGGCUGGUCAAGGAGUCUAGUCCAGGAGGCUAGUCCAGGAGGCUAGUCCAGGAGGCUGGUCCAGGAGGCUGGUCCAGGAGGUUAGUCCAGGAUGCUAGUCCAGGAGGCUAGUCCAGGAGGCUGGUCCAGGAGGCUAGACCAGGAGGCUGGUCCAUGAGGUUAGUCCAGAAGGCUAGUCCAGGAAGCUGGUCAUUUCAGAUGCAGUCCCUCGUGGUCCUCUGUAGCUCAGCUGGUAGAGCACGGCGCUUGUAACGCCAAGGUAGUGGGUUCGAUCCCCGGGACCACCCAUACACAAAAAUGUAUGCACGCAUGACUGUAAGUCGCUUUGGACAAAAGCGUCUGCUAAAUGGCAUAUUAUUAUUAUUAUUAGAUGCCAUUCUCUCUCUAAUUUUUUUCACUCUCUGACCUUUUACCCAGGAACUUGUUGGUUCCAGAGGGGUUCCCCUCAGAGCGUCCCUGGGCCAGGUUCUAUGUGAAGGUGUAUAGAGCGGAGGGUCUGCCUCGUAACAACUCCUCCAUCAUGGCUAACGUCACCAAGGCCUUCAUAGGGGAAAACACAGCCCUCAUAGACCCAUACGUGGUGGUGUCCUUCUUCAAACAGAUGGUAACGUUUUGAUAAGGAGACAGACACUCUAGUACAUGAUGCUACAGUAAUGUUAUUGAUAAGGAGACAGACCACGUAUAUGUAAAUGUAAAUGUAAAUGUUAUUGGUAAGGCGAGAGACAGACACUUGUGCAUGAGGUGUUCAGACAGCAGGACCUUACUGAAAUACAUCAGUUUUCACAAUUCUUAGCCUGGUUCCAGAUCUAUUUGUGCUGUAUUGUCACACGUGACUAUGACCAUAGGAGUUGGCAAGACAGCACCAACAGAUCUGGGACCAGGCUACAAAAACAGGCCACAGACAGAAGUGUGAAAAACACUUGGCCCUAGCUACUUCAUGCCUCUCUCUAUGUUUUGCUGUUACAGGGCAGGACGUCCACCCAGAAGAGUACAGCAGACCCUGUGUGGAACGAGCAGAUAGUGUUUACGGAGAUGUUCCCUCCUCUGUGUCAGCGGCUUAAGAUCCAGGUCUGGGACGAGGGCAGUAUGAACGACGUGGCCAUAGGAACACACUACAUAGACCUGAGGAGGAUCUCCAAUGAACAGGACGGGGACAAAGGUCAGGAGUCAUGACUGAUUGAUUGGUUGACUGAUUGAUUGGUUGACUGAUUGAUAUCAUAAUGUUAUAGGAUGAAUUAUAGGAUGUUUUCAAAAUGGCACCCUAUUCCCUAUAUAGUGCACUACUUUAGACCAGAGAAUGGCACCCUAUUCCUUAUGUAGUGCACUACAUUAGACCAGAGAAUGGCAUCCUAUUCCCUAUAUAGUGCAUUACUUUAGACCAGAGAAUGGCACCCUAUUCCCUAUAUAGUGCACUACUGUAGACCAGAGAAUGGCACCCUAUUCCCUAUAUAGUGCACUACUUUAGACCAGAGAAUGGCACCCUAUUCCCUAUAUAGUGCACUACUGUAGACCAGAGAAUGGCACCCUAUUCCCUAUAUAGUGCAUUACUUUAGACCAGAGAAUGGCACCCUAUUCCCUAUAUAGUGCACUACUGUAGACCAGAGAAUGGCACCCUAUUCCCUAUAUAGUGCACUACUUUAGACCAGAGAAUGGCACCCUAUUCCCUAUAUAGUGCACUACUGUAGACCAGAGAAUGGCACCCUAUUCCCUAUAUAGUGCACUACUUUAGACCAGAGAAUGGCACCCUAUUCCCUAUAUAGUGCACUACUUUAGACCAGAGAAUGGCACCCUAUUCCCUAUAUAGUGCACUAUUUCUGGCCAGAGCCCUAUGAGGUGGUGCCAAUAGUACUCUGGCCAAAAGUGGAGCACAAGGUGACAUUUUUUUUGGGGGGGAUGCAACCAAACACUAGAGUCACAGCAUGUUAUUAUCAUAUCAGUAUGUCAUGUGUUCUAAUCUCUUCCUCUGUCUCCAGGCUUCCUCCCUACCUUCGGUCCGGCCUGGGUCAACAUCUACGGUUCAGCCCGUAACUUCUCUCUAGUGGAUGACAACCCCGAACUGAACGAGGGGGUGGGGGAGGGGGUGUCCUGGAGAGGCAGGGUGUAUCUGGAGCUGGCUGUAGAGAUCCUGUCGGGUGGGGGAGGGGGAGGGGGGGAGUCUAAGCUGUCCCGGUUAGUCAAACCUCUGAAGGACGCCAAGGCAGGUAAAGCAGCAGGGAAGGACCCUAAAGGGGCUGGAGGAGGAGGAGGAGGAGGAGGAGGAGGAGGAGGAGGAGCGGGGGAGGAGGAGAAAGCCAAGGCCCUCGGGGCGGAAGUGAUGCCGGUGGAGUCUCCACCUCAGGUGAGGAGAGAUAUAAAGAGAGGGUAA